AUGCUGCGUUCUGGUGUUGCAUCCCUGCUUCGGCAGGCAGGCACACAUAAGUCCGGCGUGCAUGCAGCUGCCAUCACCACGUCGGCGGCCAGCCAAAGCCUCUCCUGGUUUGCAGACGUGCCUACAGCUCCCAAGGAUCCUAUCCUCGGCAUCACCGAGGCAUUUUUGGCCAAUACACGCCCCGACAAGAUCAACCUUGGAGUGGGAGCAUACCGUGACGAUGACAGCAAGCCAGUGGUGCUGAACGUUGUGCGAGAGGCUGAGGCGCGCAUUGCAGGCUCCCUUUUCAUGGAGUACCUGCCAAUCGGAGGCCUCAAGGCCUUUAAUGACCUGUCAAUCAAGCUGGCCUUUGGAGAGGAUGCAGACUGCAUCAAGGAGGGCCGAGUGGCUGCUGUGCAGUCGCUCUCUGGCACUGGUUCGUGUAGGCUGAUGGCGGAGUUCAUGGCACGCUACAUGCCCGGCGCCAAAAUAUGGAUCCCCAAGCCCACCUGGAGUAACCACCACAACAUCUGGAAGGAUGCUGGCGUGAAGGAGGCCAUCUACAAGUACUACAAGCCCGAGACCAGGGGCCUGGACCAGGAGGGCCUCUUGGAGGACCUGAGCACUGCGCAGCCAGGGGAUGUGGUCCUGCUGCAUGCCUGCGCACACAACCCCACAGGUGUGGACCCCACGGUGGACCAGUGGCAGGAGAUCUCAAAGCUCAUGAAAGAGAAGAAGCUGUUCCCCUUCUUCGACAUGGCCUACCAGGGCUUUGCCAGCGGUGACUGCACGCGCGACGCUCAGGCGAUCCGCACCUUUUUGGCGGACGGCCACCAGCUGGGCUGCUCCCAGUCGUACGCCAAGAACAUGGGCCUGUACGGGCAGAGGACCGGCUGCUUUUCCCUCAUCACCGCUAGUCCCCAGGAGACCGCCUCUGUCGAGUCCCAGAUGAAGGCGAUUGCGCGGCCGAUGUACUCUAACCCACCCCUGCACGGUGCGCUGCUGGUCAAGGAGAUCCUGGGAGACGCCGCCCUCAAGCAGCAGUGGUACGAUGAGGUGAAGGGCAUGGCAGACCGCAUAAUAACGAUGCGGGCGCUGCUGCGCAAGAACCUGGAGGACCUGGGCAACCCGCUGCCCUGGAACCACGUCACCGAGCAGAUCGGCAUGUUCUGCUUCUCCGGCAUCUCCCCAGAGCAGGUGGACCGGCUGGCGGCGGAGCAUGCGAUAUUCAUGACGCGCAACGGCCGCAUCUCGAUGGCCGGCGUCACCACCAAGAACGUCGACCGCCUCGCCCAGGCCCUGCACCAGGUCACCACCGCCUGA